UGGAGAAUUUCCCCCAAAAUAUAUUCACCAAAUCUCAUUUUAAUCUUCAAGUGCCUCAUUAAGUAAUUCUCUCAAAUCCAUAUGUCAAACGAAACGUCGUCGCAGAUAUGCAGUAAACGCCAGAAAAACGGUGGCGCAAACGGCGGUGAAAUUAGUUGAGCUCGGAGGAAACCGCCGUUGAGUUGAUCUCCGGUGUCGCAAAUGCCGGGCUCUUGUAGUAUUAGAGCUCUCUGGAUCCUCGCCAAUCAAGACACUGUUGUUUUCUCCCGGAGAUUUCCGGUUGUAGAGAAGAGGUGGCGGGCGGCGUGUGAGAGAGAUAAGAGUUUAAUCGAGGAUGAUUUGAAGUAUACUGUGGUGCCUUCUCUUCCUACAGAUUCAGAGAUAGCUGCUGCAUUCAUUGACCGCAAGAAAAGGGAGGGAUCUGCUCGUGGAUUUGGCAUUAGGAUAAACCAUUCAGUUGAAGGUUCAGAUUCCUGGGUUGAUGAUCCAAUUACGCGUCACAUAAUAAGUCUUUACACUAAAAAUGAACAGGAGGAAACAAAUCGUACUUUGUGGCCGCUUGUUUUGCACAUAAAGGACCACUAUUGUAUCCUUGUACUGCCUUUAGUGGAACCUCAUCAUCUAAAAACAUAUAUAAGGAUGUGUAAAAGAUCUGACUGUGGAAAUGCUGUUGGAGCAGAUGAAAGUUUAUCAGCCCUCCUGCUUAAUCUUCCAUCCAUCACAGGGGCAUUUAUGGUGGGUCACAUGAUAGGAGACAUCAUAACAGGCAAUGUGACAGAACCUGAAAUAGUCAUAAGUGCAUCUCCAUCAGUGGGUGGGUUGUUGGAUUCUCUCACUGGAAGUAUUGGUAUCUCAGCAAGAGCAAAACCUGUAGCUGCUCCAGUUGCAGGAUCCACAGCUUCUGGAGCUGCAACCAGUGGAGCAAUGACAUCUGAUGCUCCAAAGAUUGGUUUGAGGCCCCUAGAUAGAGAUGCUAUUCGCUCUUUUAUAAGCAGUGCGAUGCCUUUUGGCACCCCUCUGGAUCUUAACUACACCAACAUUUCAGCUGUCAAGAUAAAUGGAUUUUCUUCAGCAGAUAUCCCUCCUGCAGACCAGAAGCAACCAGCAUGGAAGCCUUAUCUCUAUAGAGGGAAGCAGAGAAUUCUGUUCACAAUUCACGAGACAGUCCAUGCUGCCAUGUAUGAUCGCGAUGAAAUUCCAGAUAGCAUAACAAUUUCAGGUCAAGUUAACUGUCGAGCGGAAUUAGAAGGGUUGCCCGAUGUGAUGUUCCCACUUAUAGGUUUGGACACUGCUCGUGUUGAGCUAUUAUCCUUCCACCCCUGUGCUCAAGUUCCAGAGCAUGGUAACGAGAAGCAAACACUUAUGUUCUCACCACCAUUAGGAAAUUUCGUAUUGAUGCGUUAUCAGGCACUUUGUGGUAUGCGGCCUCCGAUCAAGGGUUUUUAUCAGCUUUCAAUGGUUUCAGAAAAUGAAGGUGCUUUUUUGUUUAGGUUACGGCUCAUGGAAGGUUAUAGAGCUCCUCUGUCGAUGGAUUUCUGCACAGUGACAAUACCUUUCCCUAGGAGAAGGGUGCUUUCUUUUGAAGGGACACCUUCUAUUGGAACAGUUUCAGUUGCUGAACACUUUGUUGAAUGGAAAAUUAUAACAACCGGUCGAGGAGUAUCAGGAAAGAGUGUUGAGGCAACAUUUCCAGGGACAGUAAAGUUUGCUCCAUGGCAACCUCAAAGAUUGCCUUCCUCAGGGGCAGUACUUGGGAAUAUGGAAGAUGAAGAGAGUGAUGCCGAAACAGAGUCGACGAAUAAUAUGGCGAACGUGGAAGACUUUUUAAUGGAGAAAAUGAAUAAGGAUCUUCAAGCAGUUGAUUUGGAGGAGCCAUUUUGCUGGCAAGCAUACGAUUAUGCUAAAGUUUCGUUCAAGAUAAUGGGAGGAUCAUUGUCAGGAAUGUCUAUUGAUCCAAAAUCUGUAAGUCCUCUAUAA